CGUUGUGCUUCCUCUUCCUCUUCGUCGACUUCCUGGGCGAUGAACAUCUGGCUGAAAGAGAUGUGUGCAUGUGUGUGAGAGGAAAACUGCGUGCGAGAAGAUACUGCAAGGAAACUUUACUGAAAAAGGAAAUCUUUUGAAGAAUCCUGCUGUUACUGUUAGCGUGCAACAUGGACCUUCAGCUCUGCAGGAGUAUAAAGGCUACUAGUGUCUGAGAGCUCGGCCAGUAGCUGACCUUUGCCUUCCCUUCCCUACAGAGCCAUCCUGUAGCAGAGGGUCUGUCAAAGACAGAUUGGAGCUGAAGCAUGGACAGUGAAGUGGAAGCAAUGAACACCAGUCCUGACAGUCCUCUGAGCCCGAGGCACCUGACCGGGUUGGGGAUGAACUGUCUUCUUGGCCAAAAGUACAGACACCCUGGGCCUGGCCUGGCCAGUCCUCAGGAGUAUAACCAGUGGCUGCCUUAUCGCCACGACGCCAGCCUGCUGCCCAUGAAAGAAGACCUGGCCUUCUGGCUCAACACCAUCACAGGUGUGGACCUCUCAGCAGACACUCUGAUGGAGAGGUUAGAUAACGGUGUUGUCCUCUGUCAGCUGGCACAGCUGCUCCAGGAGAAGAUGAUGCACACCAACAAUGGCAAGCCUUUAAUUAGAAGAGUGAUCUACUGGCGAGCAGAUGCAACUUCUGGAUCAUUCUUCGCCCGAGACAACACUGCCAACUUCCUCUACUGGUGUCGAAAGAUUGGCCUUGAGGAGGCUUACCUUUUUGAGUCGGAGGAUUUGGUCCUCCACAAGCAACCUCGGGAGGUGUUCCUGUGCCUGAUGGCGCUGGGACGGAUUGCAGCCAGGUACGGAGUGGAGCCUCCGGGGCUGGUGAAGUUGGAGAGGGAGAUAGAGAGGGAGGAGGCGGGGUGCUUAUCUCCCUCAUCCCCUCUGCCCUUCUCCUUUUUUCCUCCUGCAUCAUUGUAUUCACCAUCACAAUCAUCCCUACCCCCAGCCCCCUCUCCUCCUCCUCCCCCUCCUUCUCCACCUGCACCCCUCACUCCAAGCACAACCUGCCUGCCUGAACCCCUCGCCUCUGAUCUUCCAUCAGCCACAACAAACCCAGCACCUACAUGUGUAUCCCCUCCUCAGUCCUCCAUCUCAGCCUCUAACCCUUGUACAACCACAUCCUCAACACAAACACCUUUGUUCUCUUCAUCCUGCAGCACUAACACAUCUGCUUCAGCCCCACUGUCUGCUCCCUCGCCAGGCCAAACCCUGAUAUCCACUCCCAAAGUCUCCUCUCCCACAAUAAACAACCACACUCUCACAACUACACCUCCCAUCACCUCCCCGCCUGCAGCUCCUCAUUCCUCUAGCAGGUCCUCAAGCAGGAGGGGCACAGGCACCAACAACAUUUUGGAUGAUAUUGUGAGGAACAUUAUCGAAAAUCCCCCCUGCACCUGUCCAACCAGGUUCCUCGUUGAGAAGCAACCUAAAGGCUGCUACCGUGUUGGAGAUAAAGUUCUGUAUAUACGGAUGCUGAAUGAGCGUCAUGUCAUGGUACGUGUAGGAGGAGGCUGGGAGACCUUCAUUAGUUACCUGCAGAAACACGACCCCUGCAGAGGGACGGGACCGGUCGGCAGAUCUGAGGUCAGGGUCUGCAGAGUCAAAGCGAAGUCACCCAGUUUGAACAUCUCACCUGACAGCUACAUGGUGGUCGGAGCCCAUUACCGUAGCAAGAAGUAGACUCUCAAACUGCUCGCUGUUGCUUCUGGCUCUGAACAUUUCACUUAUUCAGAACAAAAGGUCAACGAUUUAACAUAUCGUUUUUUACCUCGAGUAUAAAAGAAAAUCCAACUUUUUUUAUUUAAAAGUUGUGGAUAUGACUGAUUCUUACCUGACUAGUUAUCUGUACGAGUUACCAAACCUACUGUGACAACUUGAUUGUAUGUCUGCAUUGAUUAGUCAGUUAGCAGGAAAUUAAUUGGCAGCGAGUUUCAAUGAUCGAUUAAUCGUCUGUCACUUUUCAAGAAAAAAAAAAAAAAGGCCAAAUAUUUGCAGGUUUGAGCUUCUUUAAUGUAAAGAUCUGCUGCUCUUUUUGGGGGGCAUAUAUGAAAAUCAACUGAAUAUCUUUUUGGUUUGGGACAGAUUGUUGAAUAAAACAAGCAAUCUGAAUACAUUACUUUGGCCUGGGAAACUGUUCACUAUUCUUACAUUUAUCAUAAUAUGAAAUAGAGAAAAAUAAUAAACAUCUUUAUCAAUAAUACAAAUAUUAUUUAGUUUCAGCACUAGUUGUUAUGCACUGUAAAUCCUAACUUUCAUUAACAGUCACAUCAUCAAAUAUUCUUUCCAGGACACUUUUCUAUAGUACGCAAUAAUGUCAAUUAUGUAGUUUAGUUCUUAAACACGUGUUUAUGUAUCAUGGUAAAUGAAUGGUUUGAAUUUGUAUGUUUUCAACGUUUGUAUUUUGUCUGCAGCAGUUUGAGUUGUCGUCUUGGCAAAAUGACUUUUAAUGUAAAUGGAAUUUAUUUUUUUGUAUUUUACUGAAUAAAUUGAUUGAUUUUA